GGCCCCUAGGGCAGCAAAGCAGCCCUUGGCAGGCCCACAGCGCAGGCACCUUCCUCCCCUCAAGCAUAGGGCCCCCAAGGGGGACCCCAGCUCAGGCCCCCAGAAUGCCCAGCAGGACAGUGCGCUACUCUCGCUACAGUCCACAGCAGAGGCGCCGGCGGAUGCUGGGUGGUCGCAGUGUCCGAUUCCCCAAUGAUGUCCUGUUCCUGGACCACAUUCGCCAGGGGGACCUGGAGCAGGUGGGCCGCUUUAUCCGGGCGCGGAAAGUCACGCUGGACACCAUCCACCCCUCAGGCCUGGCUGCCUUACACGAGGCGGUGCUGUCCGGGAACCUGGAGUGCGUGAAGCUGCUGGUCAAACACGGGGCUAACAUCCAGCAGCGUGAUGAGACAGGCUGGACAGCCCUGCACAUCGCCUGUAGUGAUGGGUACCCCGACAUAGCCAGGUACCUCAUCUCCCUGGGGGCCAACAGAGAUGUAGCCAACGACGACGGCCACCUGCCCUCCGACCUCAUAGACCCGGACUUUAAGGACCUGGUGGAGCUCUUCAAAGGGACAAGGAUGGACUGAGUUCUCCAAGGACUCUGACCUCCUUGGAGAAGUUGGGGCCACCUCCACAGGUGCCAUGACAUGAGGCCAGGGCCCUGUGCCCGGGCACAACACUUCCCCCCUCCUCUAGCCUGACUUUUCCUUCAGGUGGAUUUUUUUUUUAAUUGUUACGAUGCUUUUUACUUUUUCAAUAAAUGUGAUUCCAAGCCCG